AUGAAGAAGACGGGAAAAAGGUUAGACGGAGGAGGGAGGUCGCUCUCUGAACAAAAGCAGAGGGUUCUUCGUUGUCGUUUGGAGACCUUCAAGCACCUGCGCUCCUCCUCUCUGGACGAAAUCGUCCACCAACUUCGCAAUAAUUACCGAGACUACCACCGCAUCAAGCUCCAGUCUUUCACGAAGUUCGUCCAGCAAACCCUAGACUCACCUUCCUUUAAGCAAUCCAAAACCCUAAUCCAUGUCAGUGACUUAGAAGAAGAUGAAGAUGAAGAAGAAGAAGAAGAAGAAGAAAACGGCCAAAGCAAUUCCCAGAGAAGGCGGAAACGUGCUGUCAGUAAGGGCGAGGAUAAAUUGCAGCGAAUGGAGUCUGCUCACCUCAGAAGGGUUCGUCAAAGGAAUGGUGACCGUCCAUCUACAUCUUCUUCUGAUGAUGAUGCUGAUGAAGAAGGGUCUGUGUCGACUUCGGAGGACGCGAUAUACAGCGAGAAAGUGGACCCGGAGUUUGAUGUGAUGAAAUCGAGUCUCCGAGCAUCGUAUAUGGAAUCGAACAGCGCCUUGAAGCCCAAGGCAGCCGAGGAGCAGAAGGAGAAGAAUGUAGAAAUGGAGCUUCCUGCUCGCGAGCAAGUUGAGUUAAUGGGUGGAAAUGGAGGGCCAAGGCGGCCAAAGACAUUGCUAACACCUGAAGCCAAGGGCUCGGUUUCUACAGGGGUUGAGGUGAAGGGAAGCGAGGGUCCGAGGUUUAGUGACUUAGGUGGGAUGGAGAAGGUGAUAGAGGAGCUGAAGAUGGAGGUGAUUGUGCCGCUGCGCCAUCCCGAGCUGCCUCGGUGGCUCGGAGUCAGGCCAAUGUCUGGGAUUCUGUUGUACGGCCCACCCGGGUGUGGCAAGACCAAAUUGGCUCAUGCCAUUGCCAAUGAAACCGGCAUUCCGUUUUAUAAAAUUUCUGCUACAGAAGUCGUCUCUGGUGUCUCAGGUGCAUCUGAAGAAAAUAUAAGAGAGCUUUUUUCUAAAGCCUAUAGAACUGCCCCUUCAAUUGUAUUUAUUGAUGAAAUUGAUGCAAUUGCUUCGAAAAGAGAAAGUUUGCAACGAGAAAUGGAGAGGCGAAUCGUGACACAACUAAUGACUUGCAUGGAUGAAUCUCAUAGGCUUGUACAACCGGCUGAUGCAAAUUCCAACUCCGAGAGUUUUGAUAACAAGUCUGGCUAUGUUCUUGUUAUUGGAGCUACCAAUAGGCCUGAUGCUGUUGACCAUGCUCUGAGGAGGCCUGGGAGAUUUGACCGUGAGAUUGUUUUAGGUGUUCCAGAUGAAAAUGCCAGGGUUCAGAUUCUUUCUGUGCUUACACGCAAUCUAAGACUUGAAGGUUCUUUUGAUCUUCUUAAAAUAGCCAGGUCUACACCAGGGUUUGUUGGGGCUGAUUUGGCAGCCCUGGCCGACAGGGCUGGUAACAUUGCCAUGAAAAGGAUUAUACACAAGAGGAAGACUGAUAUGUCUAUAGAUUCUAUGCAUGAGGAGUGCAAUGAAGAGUGGUGGAGGCAACCAUGGUCGCCUGAAGAAAUGGGAAGGCUUACUAUUAGUAUGGCUGAUUUUGAGGAAGCAGUUCAAGUGGUUCAGCCUUCAUCAAAAAGAGAAGGAUUCUCUGCAAUUCCUAAUGUAAAAUGGGAAGAUGUUGGUGGGUUAGAUCUUUUAAGGCAGGAAUUUGAUCGUUAUAUAGUUAGGCGUGUUAAAUAUCCUGAGAACUAUGAGGAAUUUGGAGUAGAUUUAGAGACAGGAUUUUUGCUCUAUGGGCCUCCAGGAUGUGGUAAAACACUGAUAGCGAAGGCUGUCGCUAAUGAAGCAGGAGCCAAUUUCAUUCACAUUAAGGGCCCUGAACUUCUGAAUAAAUAUGUUGGAGAAAGUGAGUUGGCAGUUAGGACAUUGUUUAGGCGUGCAAGGACAUGCUCACCAUGCAUACUUUUCUUUGAUGAGGUGGAUGCCUUAACAACAAAGCGGGGGAAAGAAGGAGGAUGGGUUGUUGAACGGCUAUUGAACCAGUUGCUUAUAGAGUUAGAUGGUGCAGAGCAGCGGCGGGGUGUGUUUGUUAUUGGUGCCACUAAUAGACCCGAUGUCAUGGACCGUGCUGUAUUGCGGCCCGGUAGGUUUGGUAAACUUAUUUAUGUCUCCCCGCCCACAAAAGACGAGCGUGGUUUGAUUUUAAAAGCUCUUGCGAGGAAGAAGCCUAUAGAUGCCAGCGUAGAUCUCAGUGAUAUUGGACAAAGGGAAACUUGUGAAAAUUUUAGUGGAGCUGAUCUUGCUGCACUGAUGAAUGAAGCGGCUAUGGCUGCUCUUGAAGAAAAACUGACAUCCACACCUGAGAGGAAUUCAGAUGCAUCUCCAUGGACUAUCAAAGACACUCACUUUGAGCAAGCACUGGCUAAAAUUGCACCAUCUGUAACAGACAAGCAAAUGCAAUACUACCAGAAAUUUGGAGAGAGCCUCAAAGCACCAAGAAACAAAGCCUAA